UUCUCAUCAAAAUCUAACGGUGGCGACGGCUGUGAACGAGGAGGGCGAGUCUCGGACAGCCCGUCUGCAAUCAUUCUUUUCUUCAGUGUUCUCGACGAUCUUCGGACCGAACCAAGAAGAGCAAGAAAUCACAAUGGCUACCAAGAAUCAAGUCACGGUUCCUCAUCAUCAGCAGAAAACAGAAGGAGGUGCCGUUGUACCUAAAGGCAAACAAAAGAAUGCGGCUGAUGGCAAGCACCGCCGAGCCCUCGGAGACAUUGGAAAUCUCGUCCCAGCCGGGGCCCCACCUGCUGCCGAGGCCAAACCCCAGCAUCAGAUUUCUCGGCCCAUCACAGGGAAUUUCGGUGCUCAGCUCCUUGCCAAUGCUCAGGUGCAGAAAAAGGCCCAAAUUAGAGAAACUAAGCCCAAGGUCUCAGUCAAGCCAAAACCUGCUGAAGUCAUAAUCGAAAUUAGCCCCGAUUCGGACGAAGUAACAAAGAAAAGAUCAUCAAGGAAAAAAGUUCACACUAUGACCUCAGUACUAACUGCUCGCAGCAAAGCUGCUUCUGGGAUCAACCAUAAGCUCAUAGAGCCGAUACCUGAUAUCGAUGCAUCAGAUGCUGGGGAUCAGCUGGCUGUUGUGGACUACAUCGAGGAAAUCUACAAGUUUUAUAAGAUUUCUGAGAACUUGAGUAGGCCGGGUGAUUAUAUGGAGUCUCAAAUGGAGAUUAAUGCAAAGAUGAGAGCUAUUCUGGCAGACUGGCUGAUUGAAGUGCAUCACAAAUUUGAGCUGAUGCCGGAGUCUCUUUAUCUUACUUUCUAUAUAAUUGAUCGAUAUCUUUCGAUGAAGAAGGUGCUCAGGAGAGAGCUGCAACUUGUUGGGGUCAGCUCCAUGCUCAUUGCCUGCAAGUAUGAAGAAAUUUGGGCUCCAGAGGUUAACGAUUUCAUUUGCAUAUCAGAUCGAGCCUAUAGCCGAGAACAGGUACUGACCAUGGAGAAAGAGAUCCUUAACGUCCUCGAAUGGAGCCUAACUGUACCAACUCCCUACAUGUUCCUUGUUCGCUUCCUCAAAGCUGCAAUGGCCGAUAAAGAGAUGGAACACAUGGUCUUCUUCUUGGCUGAGCUUGGCCUGAUGCAGUACUCAAUGAUCAAGUACCGCCCAUCAAUGGUGGCGGCCUCUGCGGUCUACGCUGCUCGUUGUGUACUCAAGAAGAGCCCUUUAUGGACUGAAACUCUCAAGAGGCACACUGGAUUCUCUGAUGCGCAACUAUUUGAUUGCGUGCAGAUUCUGGUUAGGUGUCAUGCUGAAGCGCCGCAGGACAAGUUGAAGUUUGUGUACAAGAAGUACUCAAGUGUGGAGUUAGGCGCAGUGGCAUUGAAUCCCCCUGCAAUGCAACUGAUUGAACAGUUGAAGGCUUUGGAUUUGAAUUGAGUUGUGGUUUGCUGUUUUUCGUUUUGGGUGUGAGUUCAUCUUACUGAUGAUGGGGGAAAGUUUGCUAUAUAUUAGUAAGUAGAAAGUAGCAGUAUUUGGAGUUUGAGUUUCUAUGUUUUGGAGGAACUUAUUUUGGUUCUUUUGUUGGAUAAAUUUUCAGUAUAUAAUCAUGAUCACAGGUUUUUGCUA